CGUGACUAUGCGGAAGUUGACCGCCAUCUCCGGAAGCUACAAGUCAGCUGCCUGGGAAGCUGUUUAUCUUCGACUUACAUCGAUGGCUGAAGUCGUUACUCUAUAGGGUGCAACUCUUAUUUCGGUGGAGCUUUUUGAGACUAAGCUAAUGUGAAGGACUGAAAAGAUGAAGUCUGUUUUUGUAACUGAGUUUCUCUGCUUGACGUGUUUUGUUUUGUUAAGCCAGGUGGCAGCGAAGAAUUCAGAGGACAUCCGCUGUAAAUGCAUCUGUCCACCGUACAGAGACAUUGAAGGACAGAUCUACAAACAAAAUGUUUCUCUCAAAGACUGUAAUUGUCUCCAUGUGGUUGAACCGAUGCCGGUGGACGGGAAAGAUGUGGAGGCUUACUGUUUGCGCUGUGAGUGUAAAUAUGAAGAGAGAAGCUCUGGAACAAUAAAGGCUACCAUCAUAAUGUAUCUCUCCAUUUUGGGCCUGUUGCUGCUCUACAUGGUGUAUUUGACUCUCCUGGAGCCCAUGUUGAAGAGGCGGCUGUUUGGACAUUCGCAGCUUAUUCAGAGUGAUGAUGAUGUUGGGGACCAGCAGCCUUUUGCCAACGCUCACAAUGUUCUGUCACGUUCACACUCCCGACCCAACAUGCUGAACAAAGUGGAGCAUGCCCAGCAGCGCUGGAGGAGGCAAGUCCAGGAGCAGAGGAAAUCUGUGUUCGACCGCCAUGUCGUACUGAGUUAAAAUGCCAGUUACUGGUGGAGGGGGGGAAAAACAAAACAGAAAUAAACACUGUGACAAAGCUGUCAAUUUAUAUAGCUUCCUCUCAGUAAUGAUUGCUGUGUUUUGCAUUUGAGGUAAAAUGGCUAAGAAAUGUGGAUCUGUCGAGCAGAAGUUACCGAGAACUCUUACUUAGUCUGCAGACGGCAAAUGAGAUUACAGUGAAUUAAUUUUUACAUCUCAAAUGAACAGACAUGAAAAGUAGAGUUUUUCUCUUUGAGUAAAUGAUUGAAGCUGAAAUCCCAUCUGUCCAAAACUGUCAAGUUCUUUAAUUUUAUAAGCUAAACUGGCUUUAACAGCCAUUCAUAGUGGCUGGAUAACCACAUCAGUCACUGUUUUUCCAUCCAAAAACAGACAUGAACACAACAUUAACCACUGCUCGCUGCAGGAGAAGACACCAUGUGUGAAAUAUGGAUUCAUCUUUCUUUGAAAAUGCAUGUUUUAUAAUCGUUUUUUUUAAAAAUAUGUUCUUAAUCCAUCAUUCCUGCCAUGAUGCUAAAUGUCUGAUGACUGGCGUGAUAGUCAGCAUUUCAUGUAUUACAUUAAAUUUGAUAUUUGGAAGUAGUUUCUUGAACCUCUUUGCAUAAAUCAACUAAAUAUCUUUGUGAUGUCCAAGUCAUCAUAGCUGUGCUACUGAUCCUUGUCUGUUAAUGACCCUUUUGAAGUCUCUGCCCUCUUCAAUUGCCUAACAAAUGUAUAGUCUUUGUUUUGUACACUUUUUGUGCUUGGUCAAGCAUCAGUUUCAUCUUCAGGGUCCUUGUCUGACGCUGUGUGUGACACCGCUGUUAUUCUGAGCUUAAAGAGUUUUAUUUUGUAUAUAGCUGAGGUGUGUACUAUGAGGAGGGUAAGCUACCACUUUUGGGAGACCCAUAAAAGUGUCUUAACUAUUGUAUAUGUGAUACAUUUAACUUUGAAAUAAAUGUAUGUAAUAUUUA